AACUUUCAAUCUGUGUCUUUCGCAGUCUUCACACUUUCCUCGCCGCACUCUUUCCUCUGUGCCCAAGCCCGAUAACACACCGCGACUUCUUCUCCCACGGCUUUCGCAUCGCCUCUAACUGAAUCGUCCUAUUGCCGCCCCAAUCUGCUGUUCUUACCAACUCCCCACACCUUGGUUCAUUCACAUCCGAACCAACAUUUUCUGCCUUCCGGUCCACCUCGACAACCCGACAAGAUCAUAGCGACGUUUGGCUGGUCAUUUCGGGGUCGCGACCGUUCAAGCAGUGUUGUUGUGACCUGUAUACAUCAUCGAAGGCUCUGUGCGAUCUCUUAUACUCCCUCGCUUCGGCACUGCCUCAACGCGGCUGAGCUGCCUGGUAAAGAGUUAUCCCAAAAUACCUCCGGCUAGCCCCAUCCACUCGUUGGACGGCUUGUGUGCUGUUCUACCGACGAUCGAAAGUUCCCGCAGGUGCCUGGCUUCUUUUCCUGUCCACCACCGUGAUUACCCAAACCCACAUCACCAUCGCCGGUUGAGCAGAAGGGCUCUUUCAUAAAAGAUGGAAGACUCCCGGGGAAGGUCCUCCUCGAGGGGCAAUGCGCAGCACAUAAGCCCUCAGCCUUCUCCGAAUCAAUACGCUACAACCGUCCCAGGCGUGAUUCCUUCGGUACAAGCAGCUUUAACCUCGGGCAAGUUCAUCAACUCAAACACACAGCCCUUCUCAAAUCCGUUCUUCGAUCCACAGCAGCAGAGCGGUCUGCAGGCCAACUCCGCUGAACCGAAUUACUACGGCGAUAGUCAGUAUCAAGAUACAUUCCAGACCAAUCAAUUCGGAAACCAGUCAUUUGACCCAUCAUUCAACAGCACCUUCAUGUUUCAAGGAGAAAAUAUGCCUAAUGACUAUCAAGCCUACACAAUAAGUAAUGCCUACGAUAUAAAUCCACAGACGAACAUCAACCCCGCCGACCUGAGUAAGGUUUCUUCUCCUCCACCAGACCAGCAGUCACCUAGUUUGCAUCCACCAGAGAACCUUUCCUCUCAGCCUGGCUCGCCUGCAUCCACGAAUGGACAGUUCUAUACGCCACAACAUUCAAGGCACGCCUCGCUGGAUCCUGCCAGCGCGUACGGAGAUAGUUACUCUGGACUCAACUUCCAGCAGCACAGGAGGGCACCAUCAGAUCACAGUGAAAUUUCAUCGGCGAACCACUCCCCAUACCUUGGUCAGGCAGACCUACACGAUCCAUCGGACUUGAACCAUUCCCCGUUCCUUCAGGCGCAACCUGACACCAACAAUGCCUUCGGCAUGGAGAGUUUCAGCCUGGGUGAACAGGCCAACUACCGGUCUCCGCGAUUGAUGCCACACAUGGAAGGUAAUCAACAAGGUCUCGGGCCAGAUCAAAGCUUGUCAUUGAAUCAACCAAUGGGCAUACCUAUUCCUAACGUUUACACCUCGGAAGCAUCAGCGUAUCCCUCUAUUGUUCCGAGCAACCACAUGCGCAACACUUCUGUCGUUUCUGAUAUUGGACAAGCUGACCAGUUUGCGCCACCAACCAUUAAUAUCGAGCCUGCCCCUGUUUCGAGACAACAGAGUUUUGGCCCACAGGGAGAAGCAGUAGAGGGGGCAUUGAGCCCUCCUUCCUCGAAUAGAGGUCGAAGCCGAAGUAAAUCCGACGUCACGUUCAGCAGACCCUUGUCCCGAUCUGGGACUCCCGGGCUUACCUCGACAAACAACCUUGCCGUGUCAAGAUCACCCGAAAGAGGGAGUCGUUCUUUGUCUCGCGAAUCAUCCCCGGGCCCAGUUGCCUCUGGCAGAGUGGAAAAGAAUCGCAGAGCCUCGACUUCUUCUAUGGGCCAAUCUCGUGACUACAUUCUUGAUCUAGCAGACCCGAGCAGACCCAACGCUUCCCCAGCUGGCCAGAGUGCCCGAGUCCAAAAACACCCAGCGACCUUCCAGUGCAAUCUUUGUCCCAAGAGAUUCACGCGAGCUUACAACCUGCGGUCUCACCUGCGGACACAUACUGACGAGAGACCAUUCGUAUGUACGGUGUGCGGCAAGGCGUUUGCAAGGCAACAUGACAGAAAACGUCACGAAGGACUUCAUAGUGGCGAGAAGAAGUUUGUGUGUAAGGGAGAACUUCACUCUACCCCUGGUCAAUAUUGGGGCUGCGGUCGGCGGUUUGCUAGAGCCGAUGCUUUAGGGAGACACUUCCGAUCCGAGGCCGGAAGGAUAUGCAUCAAACCGUUGUUGGAGGAGGAAAAGGCCGAGCGGCAGAGCAGAGCGAUGAUGGAACAACAGCAACAACAGCAAGCACAAUUCGCACAAAAUUUGCAAGCUGUCCCUCAACCAAUGAUGAUCGGUAUGGAUCCCACUACGGGCACUGGUGGAUUUGCUCUGCCAGCAGCACUUCUUCAACAGUAUCCCGCUCUUCAAAACAUCGAUUGGUCUCAAAUCUCAACGGUCGACGAUCAAGGUGAUCUGAGCGAUGUUGGUGGUAUGGGAAGGGCUAGCUUCGAUGGUUCAAGCGGGGGAGAGUACUACGAUGAAGAUAUAAGUGAUGGAUAUGUUAGUGGAAAUGGUCUGGAUUUUUCUAACCCUGGGCCUCAGAUGUAUAUGGGCCAAUGAAUAGGACUACAGGGGUCGGCGAUCUUUUCCGCGGUUUGUUUUGGACGAUAUCCCUCUUUCCAGUUCUAGCGAUGCUUUGUUGUUCUUUGACAGUGGAUAGACCUGGUUUCAACGAUCACGACCAUGACCAUAUGGGAUGAGAUUGAAUUUGAUGAUGCUACGUACUUGCAGAUACCACCUUACUUUUGGAUGGGACAAUGAACGCUUUGUUGAUCAAUUGUUGGAUUCCAGCUCAGCAUUAAUCCCCAUUUCAUACAAGCAGCUGGAUGACUUAUCUUUUG